AUGGAUGGUGGCAAGCAGCUAAAGGUCACCCUUGUCUUCAGCCUUCCUCUAAUUUUUCAGUUCUGCACCGGGAACAACGUCACCGAUGACUAUGACUCCAAUACCACCAUCGACUACACCAUGUUCGAGACCCUGUGCGAGAAGGAGGAAGUCCGUAACUUCCGCGCCGCCUUCCUCCCCGCCAUGUACUCCCUCAUCUGCUUCACGGGGCUGCUGGGCAACGGGCUGGUGAUGCUCACCUACAUCUACUUCAAGAGGCUCAAGACCAUGACGGACAUCUAUUUGCUGAACCUGGUUUUGACCCUCCCUUUCUGGGCCACAAGCGCAGCCAUGUACUGGCUUUUUGGGGAGUUUGCCUGCAAAGCCGUCUACUGCAUCUGCAAAAUGAGUUUCUUCAGCGGGAUGCUGCUCCUCCUGUCCAUCAGCAUCGACAGGUACUUUGCCAUCGUUCAGGCUGCCUCAGCCCACCGCUUCCGUCCCAGGAUGAUAUUCAUUAGCAAAGUCACGUGCGUCCUCAUUUGGCUCCUGGCCUUCAUCCUCUCAAUCCCUGAGCUGGUUCACAGUGGUGUAAAUAACUUGGACAACCAUCCCCGUUGUUCCAUCAUCGCUAAUGACUUGCAGACCUUCAACACUGGUAUCAAAGUGUCCCAAAUGGUUUUUGGCUUCUUAUUUCCCCUACUGGUCAUGUCUGUCUGCUACCUCAUCAUCAUCAAGACAUUGCUCCAGGCCCGCAACUUUGAGAAGAAUAAAGCCAUCAAGGUCAUCAUCGCCGUGGUAAUUGUCUUCGUCGUUUUCCAGCUGCCCUACAACGGCGUCAUGCUGGCCAAGACCAUCUCAGCCUUCAACCACACCAGCUCGUGCGAGGAGAGCAAGAAGCUUGACAUGGCAGAUGACGUGACCUACACUCUGGCCUGCUUCCGAUGUUGUCUCAAUCCUUUCCUCUACGCCUUCAUCGGCGUCAAAUUCCGCAACGACCUCUUCAAGCUGCUGAAGGAGCUGGGCUGCCUGAGCCAGGAGCGGCUCUGGCAACUCUCCACCUGCCGUGAGAGCAAGAGGUUCUCCUUUGCCAUGGAGACAGAGACAACCACCACCUUCUCCCCGUAA